AUGUCAGAGCAGUCAACAGGAUUAAAGUCGUCGAUAAAGAUUUACAAGUGGUUCGUUAUUUUUGAUGUCAGCAGUGAGAAGGAGAGCAACAGUCAUUAUGAAAUUAAUACGGAUAAAGAUGUGUUGGUUCUGUUGGAUAUGAGAGCGCAUGCACAUCUUACUAUUGAAGGUGACAGCAAUGAUUCUGUUGCACAAGUAAUAGCCAGACAUAGGUUGCAUUUAGGCGACUUAACUGUUGUUGUAUGA